ACCGGCUGGAGGGAGCAGAUCAGGCGAGCUGGGUUGGGAGUUGUUUAUGCUGCGGGCGAGUGGCUUGAGGAGCGCACAGGUUAAACCUCCUUGCGGAAGAAGCCAUCGCAAAGAAUUCUCCACCUUUCUUCAGGAGGGAGACCACUUCUCUAUUUCCACCAACGGCUGAAAUUUGCGAAACUUCCUAGUGGUUUCAUGCAAGGGGCUUCUUCCCCUCCCCCCAUAUCUUUACCUCCAGAUAGGCAAUGCCGUGACAAGCAGAUGGUCUAAGGGUCUGGCCUCUUUGGGCUUGCAGGGACUCUUUGGCCGAGUGUUAUGUGGACUUUCUGGGUCUUUGGUGUGACCUGGAUGCUGGUUGGGGAGGUCAAUGCUGUUGGAGCCUUCAUUGGGCCAUGGAAUGCCAUGAUGCCAGCCCCACUCCACUUGGAAAUCUGGGAGCAGCCCAACAGGACCCAGGGCUCUGGCCGCAGUGUGGAUUGCAGGGAGGUGAGGCAGCAGAACGUCUCCAAACGCUGCUCUUUCGUUCAGACCAACCCAGAUUGCCAGAUGGACGGCGGGUUUCUCAGCUACCUCAGCGGAGUCUUUUGCGUCUUCCCAGCAGAUCUACAACCUCUCGCAAUCACCCUCUAUGUUCUGUGGUUGUUCUACCUGUUUGUUAUCCUUGGCGUCACAGCUGAGAAAUUCUUCUGCCCUAAUUUAUCUGCGAUUUCCACCAAGUUGAAGCUGGCCCACAAUGUAGCUGGUGUUACCUUUCUAGCCUUCGGGAAUGGUGCACCAGAUGUCUUCAGUGCUGUGGUGGCAUUCUCUGACCCACGGACAGCUGGCCUAGCCGUUGGAGCCCUCUUUGGUGCUGGCAUCUUUGUCACCACCGUAGUGGCUGGAGGUAUAGCCUUGGUGAGACCCUUCACCGCAGCCUCCAGGCCGUUCCUCAGGGAUGCCAUCUUCUAUAUGGUGGCUGUGUUUUUGACCUUUGUAGCGCUCUACUUUGAGGAGGUUACCCUGGCAGAAGCCCUGAGUUACAUUGGGCUGUACAUCUUCUACGUCUUGACAGUGGUGAUCAGUACGUGGCUCCACAAGAGACAGCGCAGGGAGAGGCUGGCCGCUUCCGUUCCUACAGAACCAGAACUUCCAAGAGACUCUGAAGAUGGAGAUUCCUCAAGCUUCAGUGGAGGAGACUACAGAGAAGAAUACCAGCCCUUGCUGCCCUCGGAGGAAAGUACGUUCCAGAUCCUGAAGCACUCCAUGAAUCCCCUGGAUUACAGGAAGUGGCGGAGGAAACCCUGCUACUGGCGUGUCCUCAAGGUCUUCAAGUUGCCGGUGGAGGUGGUGCUGCUGCUGACGGUUCCAGUCGUGGACCCUGACAGGGAGGACCAAAACUGGAAGCGACCUCUGAACUGCCUGCACUUGGUCACUGGCCCCCUUAUCUGUAUUCUCACACUGAAGUCUGGAGAAUACGGCUUUUACAAGAUCCAGGCUGUCUUUCCAGUGUGGGGCGUGGUGAUCCUUGCAGGGGCUGUCUUGGCUAUGAUUGUCUUCUGCACUACAAGGAAUGAAGAACCACCCCGAUAUCACAUUAUUUUUGCUUUCCUGGGUUUCUUGGUCAGUGCCAUGUGGAUCAAUGCUGCUGCCACAGAAGUGGUGAACAUCUUGAGGACUUUGGGUGUGAUCUUCCGUCUGAGCAACACCGUUCUUGGGCUGACGCUGCUAGCUUGGGGGAAUAGUAUAGGCGACACUUUCUCUGACCUCACCAUGGCUCGGCAGGGAUACCCACGUAUGGCCUUUUCUGCUUGCUUUGGAGGCAUUAUCUUCAAUAUGCUUGUUGGAGUUGGUCUCGGUUGCCUGCUGCAGAUGACAAAUGCCAAACUGGUAGUGAAGCUAGAGCCAGAUGGUCUCCUGGUGUGGAUCUUAGCCGGAGCGCUGGGUCUUAGCCUGGUGUUCUCGUUCCUCGCGGUGCCUGCCCAGUGCUUCCGUCUGAGCCGAGGGUACGGCUUUUGCCUCAUUGUCUACUACCUGGCGUUCUUGACUAUUGCGCUGCUGACCGAGUUCAGGGUAAUCCGGCUCUCCACCUUCUCAUAAAGAGGUCUCUUGCCUUGGAUCUUGUUUAUGCUGCCGUUGGACAAUGGAGACAGGGUCAACAAACCCCCUCUUGAUCAGAAUACCCACUUGACAGUGCCUUGAAGCAGAAACGGUCAGUACUGCUGGCAUAUAUGGAACAGGCUUGCUAAUCAAAAUUGACUGUUACUGCCAAGGGAAGGAGACGAAUUCAAGUCUCAAAAAAGCAUAAGCAGAGCCCUUUGAACGCCAACACAAAGUUAACGUGGGACGAAGGCAUGACAAUCCUAGCUGCUCUGUUGUGGCUUUUAGAACCUGGGGUAAGUGGGCUAAAUUGUGCUCCAAAGCUCUUAGGAAGUCAUCAGGCCUAAUCAGUGUUAAGUUUUAUAUCAAGAGGCAUUAUUUUAGAUUUGGAAUAGUGAUGUGGUGGUGUGUUUUGGGGUUUUUGUUGUUGUUCUUUAAACCAUUUUUACAAAAGAGAUUGGAGAAUGGGUUACUAAAUGUGGUUUUUAGAUCCUCUCUUAACAAGCUGGAGAUGGAGAACAUAUUUUCAGUGCUGAAAGUGGCAAGGCCUCUAUGAACUCUUGUAAUGUUUCAAAACCCUGCCUCAUGGAGUAGAUUAAAUGGCACUUGGAAUACUUCUCCACCACUUUCAACACCUCUGGGAAAAAUGAAUGUCUUCAACCUCAACAGUAUGCUGUUUCUAGUUUCCCAUAAAGUCUUGCUUUAGAGGCUACAGAGGCCAGUUCUUAAAAUCUGUUUUAGUGUUUUUACUAAAUUUGUUUCCUUUUUUCUCCCCCACAAUUGCUUUUGGAUAAGCAAUUUUAAUGCAUUCAAAUUUUAAUGCAUUCAAGGUAUGGGUUGUUCCCACAACUUUCUAGCUUUUGAUAAUUUCCGUUAAAAAUGGUAUCUAGGCAAAGUACAUCAUCUAUUCAUUCCUUUCUGCCUUUUGUAACUUGGACUCAUCCAGAGCUGUGGUUCUAAGCUAGAGCCGGGAUCCCUAACAUUUUUGAGCCUGCAGGGGCACCGUUGGAAUUCUGACACAAAAUGGCUGCUGCAGGAAAUGGAACCUGCCAUACAAUGGCUGCUGCAGCCUACCUUUAGCCACACAGGGAAGAUCCUUGUGCUGUGGUGGCAGGCACUGCCAAAGCAACACUUUAAAAAACCUGCACAGCCAAUCAAAUCUCCAGUGGCCAAUCAGAACAGAAGCCUUGCUGGGCAAUAGCCUCACCUGGGCCCUCCCACUUGGUGAGCACCAGGAAAGGUGUCAGUAGGCACCAUGGUGCCCACAGUACCUUGUUGAAGACCCUUGAGCUAGAAUGAGUCCAUCCAAUUGUUCCUGCCGAUGGUGACAGAAGGCCAAAAGCAAUGUUUGAAGGCAAUAGGCUUGCCUGCUCUUGGCCCCUGGGAACCGAAAUUGAGAACACUGCCACUGACCAGGGAUGUUCCAUUUAGGCAUCAUGGCCAGUAAUUUGAUGCGAAGACAUCGGCACAGGGCUGCUGUUUUGCUCCUUACCAGAAUCCCAUGCAUCUCACUGAGUUCUUGGGGUGUUGCUCUGCAGAAUGGUAAAACUGCAGGGCAGAGGAAUUGUGGCUGAAGCAUCAUGUAUGCGUAACUUGUGAUUUACAAAGGCCUGGGGGCAGAGUGUAUGCAAGCAGAACUCACGGGGUCUCUUCUGCUGAGAAAUGGCAGAUAGCUGGAUUGGCUGCUGACUUACAGGAGCAAGGUUAUCAUUGAGGAACUUGUGUCUCCGAUCCUGAAGCAUGACAAAGCAUUUUUAUUCCUUGGUCAGCACUUUCCAGAGUGAUCACAAGUUUUAGCCAUCUGUGUUGGGCAACCGAGAGUCAGCCUUGCAAAAUUAUAUUGGCUAACCUACUCAGACAGUGUGCUGAAAUGAGGCAAACCAAAAGGCUUGUACUGUACCCUCAUUUUUACACGGUUGAGCAGUUCUCUGCUUCUGUGGAACAGAGCCUCAGCUAUGCAAACUAACCUGAAGCAGCCGACUCUUCUCCCACGCCCAUCCACCCCAGCCUGAUCCUAUAAUGCCUGGUGCAUGAUGACCCAAUGUCAGAGCCGCUCAGAAGUGAUCAGCAAGGCAAGUUAGUACAUCUUUGGAUGGAAAACUGUAACUCGAAAUUGGCUUUUAACUGUUAGUUUGGAAGCAACCCAAAGAGCUGUUUAGUCAUUGGAUAGGACUAACAUACAGACUCAAGAGGAUGAUUUUUUUAAAAAUGUAGUUUAACACAGUUGGGAUUAGACAGGAAUGCUUAGAAAAUUACCUUCCAGUUGUUUCACUAUGAAGCCAACUCCUGACUAUUGUGAUAGUUUUAAACAUCUUGGGAAUAAAAAAAUUCUGCAUAGGCUUUGUUUUUUUCAUUCCCCCUUUGCAUGCACAUGCUGCAAGUCGUGUCCUAUACUGAAACAUUUUUUUUUUAUUUAAAAAGGAUUUUGCACAUUGGCAGUCGGUCCAAACAUAUAAAGUUACCUUCAGCUGCAGCACUCCGGUUGCUUUGCUUGCCCCAUUGUCGUUAAAGGGACAUUUAAUGGAGGAAUUUGGUACAGAAAAAGGAGGUACCCUUGACUCCAUUGGGCCUUGGUACUGAGCAACAGGGUUGGAUCCUGUCAUCGCUUAAAAUAUUGUCAUUUUGACCAGUUCAGUUUGUGACAGCUUCUCUUGCACUAGAGACUGUUGAAAGGUACCUGUGGAUGCAACUAGUUCAAACCUCUCUGCCCAACACCAGAUUCCUUAGACGAGUGGUUUUCGAACUGUAUUCUGUGCCAUCUUUGAAAUCAUAACAGAGGUUCCUCAAUAUGGAAUGUAUCCUAGCAUCUUCUGCAAUGGGGGGAGGGUUUUUUCCCCCCAACAGUCAAGUCCAUGCUGAAAGAGUUCCCUACAAGCUAGGACUUUGAAACCCUCUAAGACCGUAGAUUUUCAAAUCCUUCAGGAGAACCCUUUCCACUUGGACUUGUUUGGCAAGGACUCCCUUGUUGCCCAGUAAAUCUUACAUUGGAUGGUCAUUUGUAAGAAUAGAGCCAGCAUGGCAUAAGUGGUUAAGAGUGUUGGACUGUGGAGACCCCAUUUAAAACUGCACUUUGCCAUGAAACGCCAUCGUGCCAAAUGGUUUGUCUAACCUAUCUAACUGGCCUGUUGUGAGAAAAAGAUGGAGGAAAGAACUUCUGUCUUCCUAAGCUUCUUGGAUCAAGGAUGGGGUAGCAAUGUAUUUAGAGAGGCUUUUGCAUCUCUGUGUUAGCUUGAAAGAGAUGGGGUAAAAGACUUGACUACUUUCAAUUUCAGGCUGACUGAGACAAGGUCCUAAACUUACCACCUGGAAAAAUCCCAAAGUUAGCAGCAGAACCAGAAUAGGAAGAUUCUUUUUUAUUCUUCUAAGUGUUUGCUGUAUGCAAAUGCAGUCAAGAUUAGAGGGCACAUUUUAGAUAUGAAGAUGUACAAAGGCCUACAUCACAGAACACGUCUUUUAUCUGCCAAUAGCCAAGUGAGGUGGGAUGGGGGCAGGAGGGUCCAGAUUUUAUUUUUUUUGCCACAAAAAUGUAUGGUGCAAUAAAUUUGUCAGGUUUUAAGGCUUUUGAUUUUUUUUCCAUUUACAAUUAAGCUCCCAGGGUAGCCCUGGGUAAAUUAAAUCUCAGUUUAAUCUACCUCAGAAGGGUAAAAUAUUAAGUAUCACUGGCUUUGAGCUCAUGCUGUGGGGGGUGGGAACAAUCUAAAUAAAGUAAAAAAGGUGUUAAAUGCUGUUGUAUGCUUUGCUAAUCAGAAUUCAAGAUGCUUAGCUAUUUGAAGCAACCGAACUGGAAUUCUUGAAUACUUUUUUUCUUCCUUAGCAGUAGGAAUACUGGGCUGACAGAUUCUCCAGUCUGAUUUUCAUGGAUUUUUACUGCUGGGGAACUUGAACUAGAGGGGCAGGGAGAAAUUAAGGUGACUUGAUGGUCAGGAACUUCUGAAAUUCAUAGUUUGACUAUGAAAUUGGACCGGCAUGAUGUGUUCAUCUUUUGAUAUCCAAUUUCUGCCUUGGCCUCCUUCGUCCAGGUUGUUGAAGACAGUAGCAGGAAAUAGCAGCCUGUGCUUUCUAAAUGUUGUUUACUUGAGCUGUUUCUUCCGGAAAUUCAAACAACCUUCACCUGACUGCGGUUAGAGCAGUCAAAUCAAUAUUUAUGCAGCUCCCUCCCGCCUUGUCUUAAACCCUUUCCCCAUACUUUGAACACAGUGAUGUAUUUCUUGUGUUAAUAAAGG